GAUGGGAUUGGCAAAUCGACACUAGAAAGAGGCCAAAACCAGAUUCUACUCAACGACGGCGUUUGUCUUAUAACUUCGUACUUUUUAAUUGGAGCCCUAAGAUUCAAUUUUGGCGCGUUGAUUUUGUUGAUUUUCUUUAUAGAAUUUAGAAGCAUAUAUCUUUGCGGGCAAAUAAAAAUUUCAAUUCAGCCAUUCAAUGAAAAAAAAAAGAAGAAAAAAGAACGUCUCUUUUUGAAACCCAUAAUUUAUCGGAUCUAAAGCGCCGCUGAGUUAGUUCUUAUGAAAUGGGAGGAAACGAUGUGUCGUCUGAUCAAGUUAUUAAAAAACUUAUUGAAAUGGGAUUUGAGCAUUCUAAUGCCAUAGAAGCUGUAAAAGCUGUAGGACCGUCAGUUGAUGAUGCGGUUGAGUAUGUUUUGAAUGGUUGUGGUAGGAAUCCUCUCAGUGGAACAGCUAGUUUUCAAUGUUCUUCAAGGGAUUUAAAGAGUCUUGGUAAGAGGGUUAUGACAUCUUCACAAUCAAACGGUGAAAUCCGGCAGUCUAGGAUAUGGGAACAUUUUCAACCCACAAGUAAACCUAAGCGAAGCAGAGGUAAUGAUGUAUCUGAUGGGGUCAUGUCUGGAUCCAAGGUGUUGCCUAGUCCUGUGGAAGAACACAAGGAACCAAUUCUGCUUAUAGAUAAUCAGUUUGAAAACGUGGCAGAACCUUCCCAAGUUUGCUGUUCUGAGGAGCUGAAUAUUGGAACAAAUUGGGAGUCGAAGGUUAACGGUUUAUUAAGAAAGCAUUUUGGUUAUUCAUCCUUGAAGAGUUUCCAGAAGGAAGCCUUGGCUGCUUUGCUUGCUCACGAAGACUGUCUUGUUCUUGCUGCAACAGGAUCUGGAAAGUCUCUCUGUUUCCAGAUUCCGGCAUUAUUAACAGGAAAGGUUGUAGUUGUGGUUUCUCCUUUGAUAAGCUUGAUGCACGAUCAAUGCUUAAAAUUAUCAAAACAUGGGGUCUCUGCUUGUUUUCUUGGAUCUGGACAACCAGACAGCAGUGUGGAGCAGAAAGCGAUGAGAGGAAUGUAUAGUAUUAUAUAUGUUUGUCCAGAAACAAUUCUGAGACUAAUAAAACCUCUUCAGAGGCUGGCAGAAAGUCGUGGAAUCACAUUGUUUGCAAUUGAUGAAGCCCAUUGUAUAUCUAAGUGGGGCCAUGAUUUUCGGCCUGACUAUCGGCGAUUGUCUGUUUUGCGAGAGAAUUUCAGUGCCAGAAAUUUAAAAUUCUUGAAGUAUGACAUUCCAAUUAUGGCAUUGACUGCUACUGCAACAGUUCAGGUUCGGCAAGACAUUCUUGAUUCUUUGUGCAUGUCAAAGGAGAGAAAGACUGUGGUCACUUCAUUCUUCCGUCCAAAUUUGCGAUUCUCAGUGAAACACAGUAGAAAAUCAGUGUCUUCAUAUAGCACAGAUUUCUGUCAACUUAUAGAUGUUUAUGCCAGAAAGAAAAAGGUUGAUGGAAUGAAACAACCUCUAGUCUCUCAUGAAUCUCAUUGCCCUUCUGAUUCAGAUAAAGUUUCUGGAAGUGGGUUUAAUGACAUUCAAAACAGUGACAUUGAAGAAAGUAAUGCUGAGAGUUCAGAAAAGGAAAAUGGUUCAAUUCCUUCAAGGGGAAGGCAAAUGUCAGUUGAGUAUUUAGAAAAUGAGGUUGAUGUCUUUCAGAGUGCGGAAGAUUGGGAUGUUGCCUAUGGUGAAUUUUCUGGACAAGUUCAUUGCGAAGAAUGGAAUUCACAUGGGUCAAUGGAGACAAUAGAUCCACCAAAUAAACCAGAAGAAAGACUGAGGCUUCUGCAAGAGCCAUUGGAACAAGGACCGACCAUCAUAUAUGUUCCCACAAGAAAGGAAACACUGAGCAUUGCGAAGUAUCUCUGCGAAUUUGGAGUAAAGGCUGCCGCUUAUAAUGCAGCGUUGCCAAAAUCACAUUUAAGGCAGGUUCACAAGGAAUUUCAUGAAGACUCCCUGCAGGUUGUUGUUGCGACAAUGGCUUUUGGAAUGGGGAUUGACAAAUUAAAUGUCCGAAGAAUCAUACAUUAUGGUUGGCCACAGAGUUUGGAAGCAUAUUAUCAAGAAGCUGGUCGAGCUGGAAGGGAUGGAAAAUUAGCAGAUUGCAUUUUAUAUGUGAACUUAUCAAGAAUGCCAACACUUCUGCCUAGUAAAAGAAGUGAAGAUCAGGCAAAACGAGCUUAUAAAAUGUUAUCAGAUUUCUUCAGAUAUGGAAUGAAUACUUCUUGCUGUCGAGCCAAAAUCCUUGUUGAGUACUUUGGGGAGGAUUUCGGUGAUAAGAAGUGCCUCUUGUGUGACGUUUGUGUUGAUGGACCUCCUAAGAUGCUGGAUUUGAAAGAGGAGGCAAACAUUUUGAUGCAAAUGAUUGCUGCUCGUUACGCAGAGAGCAGUUUCAUGGACUGCUCAUAUGAUGAUUCUCUGUGUAGUGUUACUGAACGGCAAAAAUUCCUAGUGAAGCCAAACCUUAGAGCUUUUGUUAAUAAAAUAAGGGAGCAGUCUCAAAAAUUCAUAACCACUGAUCUGCUAUGGUGGAAAGGUCUUGCUCGAAUCAUGGAAGCUAAAGGAUAUAUCAGAGAGGGGGAUGAUAAGAUCCAUGUUCAGAUAAAAUUUCCGGAACCAACAAAAAGGGGACUGGAAUUUCUUCAGUUUGAGAGUGAUAAGGGUUUCCAUGUUUACCCAGAAGCAGAUAUGCUUUACUCAAUGAGAAAACCGAGAGCUUAUUCCAGUUUCUCCGAUUGGGGAAAGGGCUGGGCUAAUCCUGAGAUCCGUCGUCAGCGUUUAGACAAAAUUCAGUCUUCAAACAGGAAACCACGAAAGCCAAGAAUAAGGAAAUCAAGAAAACAUUUCUCGGAUACUAGUACUUCUCGGGGUAGAAUAUCUGCAAAAAUCUCGCAAAAGAAGUGAGCUAGCAUAUUUAUUCCUUUCAUUUUCCCAGUUAGGAUGGUUAAAGUUUAGAGAUUUAAACCAUUUCAUGAAGCAAACCAUGGAGGAAGAGUAACACAAAAGCAACCAAGAACUUGUUAAUGGAAAGAAGCAAGGAAUCUCCACCCUUUACAUAAACAAGACUUUCAUUUCCCAUUCUCCAAAUAAACAGAAGCUUAUUGAUGGACUAUGUUCGGAUAAUUUUCGCGGUUAUCGGCUUUUCCACUUCGUUCAUUUUCGUCCUACCGAGUUUGAAGAAAUGGCAAAGGCAGCAAGUUUCGAUAGAGAAGCUAAGGAUCAUUAGCCAGGCAUUGGAACAUGCUGAAGAAAGAGUUGUGAGGUUCCAAGAAAGGCAUGAUCGUAUACUUGGCCAAAUAUGUUCGUAUUACAUGGUUAAUCAAGACCUUGAGGACGCCUUGGCCGGUGCUCGAGCUGCCAUGAACGAGGCUUUGGAGUUCGCUGUUGGGCUGAGGAAGAUGCAAUUGCAGAUUUUGAGGUCCUUAACUGAAGUUGAUGCUUUUCAUGUUGGAUAGAUGACAAUUGAGAACUACUAAUUAAGAGAAUUAAAGUAAUUUUCGUUUUACCUUUUUUUAAUUCUCUAUAAAAUUUUAAGUUUUUUUAUAUAAUAA